ACUAACAGAACGAGCUUGGACUGCCACCGCAAAGAAAAUACUCGGGACCAUUGUCGGUCCAGUGUAUACCCGCCGCGAUGGGCUCUCAAAAGAACGACCGCAAGCGACAGCGCUCUGAGGUAGAGGACGCUGUAGCCGCCGCGAUUGAAAGCCAAGAGCCGGGCGCGGCCCCAACGACGAAGCGAGCUCGAGUUGAAGAGCGCCGGUCUCUUUUUGUUCGAUCAUUACCGCCUAGCGCCACCAACGAGUCUCUGACUGAGUUCUUCUCACAACACUUUCCUGUCAAGCAUGCAGUCGUUGUUCUGGACCAGAACACCAAGCAGUCUCGCGGCUAUGGCUUCGUCACCUUCGCAGACGCUGAGGAUGCUUCUGAGGCACAGAAGGCUUUGGACAAGGCCGCAUGGGACGGGAGGCGCAUCCGAGUCGAUCUAGCAGAGCGCAGGCACAGAAACGCAGCCGAUGAAACGGAAAAUGUCCCUCAUGCCAAGCCUGGGAGGCCUGCACCCCAGCCUACAAAGCUCAUCGUGCGAAAUUUGCCGUGGACAAUAAAGACUUCCGAACAACUGUCACAUCUGUUCAGGAGCUAUGGCAAGGUCCGAUUCGCCGACCUUCCCAACAACAAGGGCAAGCUCAAGGGAUUCGGGUUCGUCACGCUCCGUGGGCGGAAGAACGCCGAGAAGGCUUUGGAGGGAAUCAACGGCAAGGAAAUUGACGGCCGAACCCUAGCCGUCGAUUGGGCUGUUGACAAGGCCACAUGGGACCAGCAGCAAGAAAAGGAACAGGAGAAAGAGGCUAGUGACGAGUCCGUUGCUCAGGCCGAUGCAGACUCUGAUGAAGACAGCGAGACGUCUGCUGCUGACACUCCCGGCAAGAGCGUGGACCACGAAUUAAACGCCGACUUGGAGAACUUCAUGAAGAACCAUCUUCAGAACCUCGAAGACGAGGACGAAGAGGACGAAGACAAGAACGACAGCGACGACGAGGAGGCUGCCACCAAUGAGCCCGAGGAGAAGCCCCAACGAAAGACAACCGACAACUCCUCGACGCUCUUCAUCCGCAACCUGCCGUUCACCACAACAGACGAACAACUCAAAGAUUUCUUCGAGACGUUUGGAAGAGUCCGUUACGCUCGCGUUGUCUUCGACAAAGUCACUGAAAAGCCCGCUGGAACCGGUUUUGUCUGCUUUGUCAAGGAGCUGGAUGCGAAAGAGUGCAUCAAGGGAGCUCCCCGGCCCAAGCCAGCCGCCGCCGGUGCCAAGCAGUCUCUCCUCCUGGACGAGAACGCAGAUCCUACUGGAAAAUACACGCUCGAUGGACGGCUCCUUCAAGUAGCUCAAGCCGUCAACAAGGAAGAGGCUACCAACUUGGCAGACAGCUCAUUGGCCAAACGGCAGGAGAAGGACAAGAGACGACUUUAUCUAUUGUCUGAGGGUGCCAUAAGUACGAGCUCCCCUUUGUACAACUUACUCUCACCCCCAGAGGUUAGGAUGCGGCAGGCAAGUGCCGCACAACGCCGAAAAUUGGUUCAGAGCAACCCAAGUCUGCACGUCAGCCUUACUCGACUAGCGAUACGCAACCUUCCACGCAAUAUUGGGUCAAAGGAGCUCAAGGAGUUGGCGCGGAAAGCUGUCGUAGGGUUCGCUCAGGAAGUGAAGGAAGGUCGACGCCAGCCACUUUCCAAGGAGGAGAACGCCAGAGACGGCAAGGAUGCCAAGGAAAAGGAGCGGCAACGAAAGCUCAAAGGCAAGGGUAUUGUCCGCCAGGCCAAGAUCGUCUUCGAAAGCAACGAGGGAUCCAAGGUGACAGAGAAGAGUGGAGCGGGCAAGAGCCGCGGAUACGGGUUCAUUGAGUAUGUUUCGCACCACUGGGCACUGAUGGGCUUGCGGUAUUUGAACGGCCAUCAGCUUGAGGGAUACAAUGGGAGGAAGCAGCGCUUGAUUGUUGAGUUCUCCAUCGAGAACGCGCAGGUCGUGCAGAGGAGGCGUGUGGCCGAGGAGAAGUCUGCCCAGGGCACCAGGGGAAGGGGGGCGAAGGCUGCUGAGGCUGCCAAGGACAAGAAUGACGAGGCCGAGCAACCUGUCGCGCGCGCGCGUGGAAAGGGCCAGGGAGGCAACAAGGUCAAAGGGCAGAUGCGAGGCGGUGAAGAACGCAAGGAUGUCGAAAAGCACGAGGACAUGAAGCAAAGGCUCAUCGCUCGGACCAGGCUCGUGCGCAAGAAGAAGGCAAAGGCACGGGGCAAGAGUUAGACAUGAUGCUUCACUCUCACAACGCUAGCGUCGGACUCGUCGGACCGAAAUAUCCUGAACAUAUACUCGUACACUCAAAUACUCGCUUGAAGACUCCAC